UGGGUGGGCCGCCAACUGCCCUCCGCUAUGGAGGCAGUCCUGGAAGAGGUUCUCUUACAUCCCGCUCUGUCUAAAGAAUUCCCAGGUCUGCACGGCGCCUACACGGGGAAUAUCCAAGGGGAACGUCUGUGUUAAUUAAAUACACGGAUGGCGCUUGAGAAGUGGUGGCAAAGGAAGACUGCCUAAAGGGUGCGUUGUCUUUAAAAUACGGCCUGUUCUGAGGAUCUUACACAAAUGUACAUGGUGAAAGUUACAAGAGACUGAGCAGUAAAUGGCAAAUUGUCACGCAGGCAGAUCCAUCCCAGCAGAGAGGGCUGCCUCUCAGUGUGUGACUUUGCCAUUUGGAAAGCAGUGGCCUGGGCAGCGAGACCUGCUGUGUCUCCAAACCAGAUAAGCAUGCUUGUGUCGCUCACCUAUAUCCUUAAGGACAUACCAUCAGCUGUUUAAUUUAUAAGUGCACACUAUAAACAUAUAGUUAGAAGUUUAUGUUGUAUUUCUGUUAUGCAAUAUAUAUUGUUUUAAAUUACAAAUGAGCCAUAAAAGUCCCUUAUUUCAGGCAAACACACCUGACGUUGCUCCAGCUAUUACUAAAGAUUUACAGACAAGACUCCUUUGAGGCAGCUAAGUUCUGUACCACAAGCUGUGAGAAAACUUUGUCUUCAGUGCCACUGUUUCCCAGCAGCCAGAGCCGAGGCAGACCUAAGAGGUUUAUCGCUAUCCAGCAGGCAUGCACCCCUUAAUCCUUUGGGCAGCUAUGUGAUGUGGAGCCUUUCCCCAAUGAGGAUUUGCAUGCUGCCUCUCAGAUCUGGGUAGAAACUUACUGCCCCCAAAACAGCGUAUUAGAGAGGAUAAGUGUCUCCUCUGGGGGACCUCACUCCCAACUUCUGCGGCUUUGUCUCUACCUCAGCGUGCCCAGGACCACAACUCCAAAGCCUUGUCGGUAACUUCGCCCCACUGAGAGAUUUUCCUUAGCACUGUUAAAGCAAUAGCUGUAACUUAAGCCCCGUGUGAUUGGAAAGCCAGCACCAAGUUACUUAAGGGGAUUAGUCAGAGGUUUAUCGGAGCAGGGAUGUAAUACUGCAAUGGAAGCGGCUGUCCUCUUCUGCUCCUGCUCUCUGGCAGUGCUCAGCAUGGAUAGGGGGAGGGCACACACCUGGCUCUCACAGAGCUGCUCCUUCACUCUGGGUACUUCUUCACUACCCUGAGGCAUGUUGGCUCCUCUGUCACAGUACACGUUGUUCUCCACACCCUGUUCUUUCUUGUACACAACCUCUUCCAGACAAAGGAGAGGACACGGAAAGCUUCCGCUUCACUUUCUGUACAUUGUGCCACCCUAGGAAAACAACCUGCAAAAAGACAGAAGGCUGCAAGCCAUAAUGUUGCCGAUUUUCCCCUUUAUUUCUCUUGGUGCAUUACAAAGCUGGAACUAUUGUUGGACAGGUCGGCUGCUUUGAAUAGCCAGAAGCAGUAUUUUAACAUGGGUGAAACAAACUGGCCUGCUACAGCCAGACUGGGCUAAGCAGAAAAUGGGCAGGAUGAUGAGGAAAACAUUGCAGGGCAGAGACGAGAGGAACAGAAAUAAGCUUCUAUUAAGUGUGUUGAGGGAGCAAAGCUCCAGCAGCAGAGAUCAAAUUGUCUGCAUGCUGCAGAUACCAUCUACAGACAUCCUGGUUUCUUCAGUAUGAAAAUCAGGGUGCAGAAGUAUUGCACAACCAGCUCUCCCUGCAGUGGAGCUGGGAGCCGACUGGGAAAGCAGUGUAGGUUGUGUAAUGGAUGCAGCUGGAGGGGCUGUGCUAACAUACCUGUGCCAGUAAGUUAUCGCUAAGUAACUUCAGGUGUCUGUACAUGCUUGGAAGACAGGAUGUGCCCAAACAAAACAAAUUAGAGAAGGAAAGCUGUCUGUUUCACAGCCUGGAUGUUUCCAAAUGCAGAACCUGCAUAUCUGUGAGCACAGGGCACGAGUGGCUGAAGGAUCCUUAUCACCUCAGCUGGUGUGGAGUGGCUGGGAACCCACCUUUGGCCCUGAUGCAUUCUUGCAAACAUCAGGUGGUUACAGUAUGUAAUUCCAAAUGAAUAAUUCCAGUUAUGAACAAUAACAGCAUUAUUAAUGUUAAAAAAAAAUUUAAAAAUCCUUGUUGUCUCAUUAUAGUUGAUCAUAAAAACUUAGAUGGUUUUCAGGCCUAAAUCUGUGAGCAUCGUGCUUAAUUCAGACAAAGAUUCAGUCUCAAUGGAAGUGGUACCAGCCUGGGCUUCAGCCGUGGGUUUCACGCUCCUGCCUCAUGCAGGAGGAGUUUUAGGAAGCAAGAUAACCAGAAAGGAAAUCCCAGUGUGGUAUGAAUCUCUGCAGAAGCCAUCCUGGUGUCCCCCUAACUGGGUGUUUGCUCCAGUUUGGGGAACUCUCUAUACAUCUAUGGGAUACGGCUCUUACCUGGUGUGGAAAGAACUGGGGGGCUUCAGUGAAAAGGCGGUGGUUCCUCUGGGCCUGUAUGCAGGGCAGCUGGCAUUAAACUGGGCAUGGACUCCCAUAUUUUUUGGAGCUCACAAAAUGGGAUGGGGGCUGGCGACUCUCCUGCUCACAACUGGUACAGCGACAGCUACCACUGCUUCCUGGUAUCACAUCAACAGAACAGCUGCUUACUUGAUGGUCCCGUAUUUAGCUUGGCUGACCAUGGCUUCUGCGCUCAAUUACCGGAUCUGGAAAGACAAUCGCAACAAGAAAUCUGAAUAAACAGCUUUCGGUCAAAAACAUUUUUUUGCUCCAAGAAUUUUCUAAAGAAAGUUAUGCCUUACUACUUUUUUAGCUGAACUAUUUACACUACAUUAUAAUUUGAGGCUGCAAUCCUUGUUUUAAACAAAUGUGCCUCAAGUAGGCAAGUCUCAAAGCCUGCAUGAAGUUUCGCAGCAAAUUGAACAACAGAGCACAUCAGAAGGUACUGGUUUUCUGUAUUGCAGCAUCACGUUUUAUAUCACAAAUAGCAUUGUAACUAUUACCAGAAAUAAGCACUAACUGCAACUUCAUUUAGAGGAAGAAAUCCAGCUUCCAGAAUGCUGCUCCUCACAGCCACAAGUGCCACUGUGGCCUGAAUCAAUCACGUUUAGCACUAAGCAUGGUGCCUUAUGGUCUCACUGCAGCUUCCGUGUCUUCUGAUCACUGUACUCUGCAAGUGUUUAAGACCAGCUCUUUUCCACAAUUUGUGCCACCCCACUUGUAAGCACUGUACAAUCUUAAGUGUCAGAUAAAUAUAUUAAACUACAAGUAAACUUA